AAACAGUAAACAGUUUUUUCGGUUUCGCGUUAUGAUUUCGAGGUUUUUAAAUUCCAAGUCAGUGACGUGAAUUUUCUCUAACAUUUAUAUUUUGAAAAACCGUUUGCGGUUGGAUUAUUGCUGUUUUAUUUCGGUUUAGUUCAGUUUUGUAAAGUAUAAGUUGUGCUUAGUGUAUAUUAAAAGACAAAUAGAAGUUUGUUGGACAAUAUAAAUAUGGAAAGCAAACGUAGUUGGAGAGAUGUUGGUCCUAAAAAAAGAAUGAGUUUGAGUAUAAGGCGCAUUAGUACAAAAACAAGAAUCGCUAGGCUAUCCAAAUACAACCGAAAUAAUAAAAUACCUACCACCUGGCAUUUUGUGCGUGUGUUUUGAAUUUUUGAAAAUGGAACAGUUGGAAGGCGAACGAGCCAAUCAGAAAUUAUAUCUAGAUUCGGACGGUUAUCUGUAUUGUAUGAACAAAGUGAAACAAAAACGAUAUUUGUUGUGUCGGUGGCGAAAUCGAUGUCCGGGAAGACUAAUCUGGAAGAACGAUGGACACAAAAGACUCUCCGUAGAACACAAUCACGUACCGGAUAAAAUGGAAGUGCAGAUAGCUCGAUUUAAAACGUUUUUGAGGCAAAGAGCUCGGGAAAGUACAAUUUCCAUUCAUCAAGUUUUUUUAGACGCGGAACAAUUGUACCCGGAAGCUGCGAUCGCUGUUGGAGGCUUCACUGGUGUGAAAAACUUGAUGUACAGGAGUAGAAAACCGGAAGCUGUUUCUGUUCCCUGCAACACGAUUGACUUCACUCUUUCGGUGGAAGAUGAUAAAUAUCUACUUUUUGGUUCUUUUGUGAUCAUGGGAAAGAUAAAAGGCAGGCUAGGCGUUGCGGAGGGAAAACGAUUGUUCGCAAGUGAGAAAAGACGUAGUCGUAGAAAUGUCGGAAAGAAAUCAUUGAUGACAAGGUUUCCAGCUGAUGUCGAUGAAAGAGCUGUUUGGUUCGAAAAACUAGGACUGAAACAAUGCCCUGAGAAUGUUUCAAAGUAUGCUAGAAUUUGUUCUGUUCAUUUCGAAGAGAAAGAUUUUGAAGUUAAACCCAGUGGAAAAAUAUUUUUAAAAAAAGGUGCUCGUCCCCGUUUUUAUGUUGACGAGUAUGUUCCUCCAACUUCAAGAUUGGAUAAUACCACAGAAGAGUCAACUACAGAUACUGCGUCGGAAAACGAUUGUUUUGAAGUUAUCGAGUCUUUUGAUAGCCCUUCCCCUCUGAAGAGGUAAGAUCAGAUCCAAUAUACAGGACGUAAAGUGAUUUAGACUCGCUUCUUUCAUUUUCAUGAGGUUAUCUGUGUGCUUAUGUUCAAAUUAUGAUGAACUCUUACGGUCAAAGAGGUCAUACAUUUUCAGUGUAAAAUCAGCAUGAAAAGCAAUGAAAUUAGUUUUUAUGUUUUGUAAUACCUAAUAAAUAAAAAUGUUCUUUCUUUCUGAGAUUAGAAUCAAGGUCAGCA